AUGAGACAUAAAGCCUGCAAUCUCUGUCGGGAGCGCAAGGUGCGCUGUGAUGGCGACCAGCCUGCUUGUGAGAAAUGUCGUGGAUCUGGUGAUACUUGUGUGUAUAGUCCUGUGAGCAAGCUCACCAAAGCCCACUUGGCUGAGACAAUCGAAAGUCUACGCGAUCGCAUAGAUAAUGCCGAGACGUUCUUUGUCAAGCAACAAAAAUCACAUAUGACCCCAAUUGAACGGCCUGUAUCGGAAAUACAACCAGUGACAGCCGGAGAUCCUCGCCCCUUCUCAGCACCUGCUCCUUCAUCAUCAUCGAUCGUCGGCUCUCUUGAUCAGUAUUUCCCCUCGCCACACCGGCCAUAUACACGAGAGUGCCUCGCCCCCUUGCGCGAGCUUCUGGAUACCGAUAUAUUUACCUGUGAUCCAAGCCCCUCCCUAAACCUGGAGACCUGGAUGCCCACUAAAGAGGAGAAUCUCUUAUUUCAUCAGAGCAACAACUACCACGCCGGGCAGAUGCCCACACUGCAGGAGAUUCGUGCCAUCAACUCCACUUCCUCCCCGUCUCUCUCCUCUCUCUACCAAUCAGAAUCGUGUGGGUGUGAUCAGGCCAAAGAGGUGGGCCGCAUUUUGCAGGAGCUGAAGAAUUUCUCCUCUGCGAUUUUCCACACGCAGGCAGAAAUUGCAGGAAUCUCGUCUGUGAUUGCCGAAUACUUGGCGUGGAUACGCAAUGUUCCCAGGGGGUCAAAGACUAGCCAGGAAGCAGCAGUACUGUCAACAUUAGAGGCACGAGUUCGCGAGCUACAUGAGAUGGCUGACCAACAGCACUGGGCGGCGUGGCGGCGCAUGCUAGAGAGGCUAGAGUUGCAUGGGGAUGCUUUGGGCGUGUUUGAGGCGGAAGCCCAGAAACGCUCCGCCAAAAUUGCCCAGUACUACCAGUCAAAUUAUGACGCCCAAAAGACGAUGAAUGAACAGCGACCAGCAUGGCCAAUCCAAGAUUAG